AGUUUAAGCUGGUAGUAAUUUGGCGCGGACGCCUCCUAUUCGCCUCGUCUAGCUGAUGUUGUGUUUUAUUCUGCCCGUAAGUCUGACGAUCAGCUCUAAGUCAGGUGCCAAAAAGCGCAAGAGAAUUUCUAUUUGCAUUUACGGUAAAUAAUUGCAAUUAUGAGCAUCAGAAAAUUAUGGCAGCCCUUAGUAAAAACUAAAGCGAUCCUGAGCAACAUGAAAACCAUGUCAACAUAUAAUCCUACAGAUAAGAAAUUUCCUCCGGAUGUGAUAGAGAAAUUCUUAAACCGUCUUUCAAAAUAUGGAAAUGGAGACAUAAUUCUUGAGAAGGAUAAUGGCACUGGUAUUGCAGUAGUCACUGUAGAAAACCAUAAGAGGAAAAAUGCUUUAACAGGACACAUGAUGGUUGCUUUAAAAGAUGUUGUCUCUGAGUUGGAAUCUUGGAAGGAAGGAAAGGCAGUUGUUCUGAAAGGUCAUGGAGACACAUUUUGCUCUGGAGGUGACCUUAAUGCUGUUAUGAAAGAAAUUGGAACAUCGGAUGAAGGAAGAAUGAUGUGUGAGUACAUGCAGGAAACCCUUACAAGAUUUAUGGAACUUCCAUUGAUAAGUGUUGCAGCUCUUAAUGGAAAAGCACUUGGUGGUGGUGCAGAGCUUGCAACUGCUUGUGACUUCAGGCUUAUGGCAGAUAAUGCAGAGAUUGGUUUUGUUCAGUCAAAACUUGGCAUAUCAACUGGAUGGGGAGGAGGCUCACGAUUAGUGAAGAUUGUUGGCAAGCGCAGAGCCUUACAACUUUUGACCACUGCAAAAAUCAUGCAGUAUGAAGAGGCCAUUAAACUUGGGCUUGCGGAUGCCCUGCUAGAUAGAAAAGAGGAUGUAACUGCAUGUUGUGUUGAUUGGCUGCAAGGUGGAGGCUUCUUGCAUGCACACCCAAAAGUUGUUCAAACUAUGAAGCAAAUAUCAGUAAAUGCAGAUGACAUGUCACUUAGGGAUGCACUUGACGAGGAAAGGGAUCUUUUUGCAGCCCUCUGGGGAGGUGUGCUGCACAAAGAAGCCUUGGAAAGAAAAAUCAAACAUAGAUAGUGGUAUAUUUUAUGUUUUGAAAUCUAGAAUUAUGUACUUUAGAAUUAUGCAAUCAGAAUGGCUUUGUAAAUAUGUGUCACCAAGCAUUCAAGUUCCAUUCAACCUCCAACCUCCAUGCAAUGGAAGGCUUUUGCAUCUUGUUAUAAAAAACCUGUUACUAAUGAACAAGAUCUAAUUGGCACAUGAAGUGUGCAGCUGGUCAGAGCAACUCAUGAAAAUAGUUAAAUUUAAAGUAUUUUUGCAGAUCUCUUGAACAUUUUUUAUGUAAGUGGAAACUUUGUUGGCAAUUUCAAGUGGGAGAGCUAAUACAGCAUCCUCCCACUGCCCUAUUGUUCUAAACCAUUGCUUCGUUAUUAGAGUUGAUAUAUACAAUUUCAUUGGCUAUCCUUAAAGUUGUGUUUGCUCAUAAGAUAUAAUACAUUUUUGAUUUUGGCAAUCAACUACUCACAAGAUGUAUUGUAUUUCUAAAAAUGCAUUGAUUGUAAAACAUAAACAGCUUGCGAAAAAAGGAUAAUAUACUUUAAACUCAACUAUUUCCAUGAGUUGCUCUGACCAGCUGCACACUUCACGUGCCAUUUAAAUUAAAAAUUGAAUCUACUUUGAAACUUCAUCCUGUUACCUCAACUGCAGUUAAAUUGCAAAAAAGGAAUAGGAUAGUUUUUAGUUUUCAUGUUGCAAAAAAUAUCUUUAUGUAGCAUAUGACAUAUUGUGAAUAAUCCUAAUUUCCCCCAAAAUUGUUGCAAGUUAUUCCAAAACCAAAAAGAAUGCACCAAAAAUUUAAGCCAAGAGUUCCAAAAAUGUUAUUAACAAAUAAAAGCAUAAAUAUUUAGAACAUAUAAAAUUGGUAGAUAAAGGUGUGGUUUUAACUCAGAAAUGAAACUAUGAUUCUAAUUCAUUAAGUUCGGAAAAUCAGUACCAUUCCUUUUGGAACAUAUUGAAAUAUUGCCUUUGAAAACAACGAAGAGUGGUGUUUUGGUGUCAAAAAUUAUCACGAAGGUAGCACCAGGAUUGAAAACACAGAUCUAGGCAUAAACACAGAGAUCAGAGAUUUUUUUGUUUCCCUAAAUUUCCAAACGCUAACAAUCGAAGAGAUACCCUCUUGUCAGAAGAAAUUUGCCUUGGUGGUGUUCGUUUGUGUGAUUGAAACAUUCGCUAUUGUUUUUAUACCGCUGUGGUAAUAUUUCGUACCUUUUAAGUUAUACCCUCUCUUAGACGUUCUUUUGACCCAGCUUGUAGACUUCUUCGCAAAAGCAUACCAAAAAACUAAAUUUUUACGAAGUAAUUCAAAUGGUUUGUUUUAUUUAAACAGUAUCAUUAAAGAGUCAUAGUGUUUCAGAAUUUAUCAAUGUAUUUCUUAAAAUAUUG